AGCGAGGAUGGCCGAGGUGAAGAACUUCACCUGGGCGGUGGAGGACAUUUUCAAGGACACCUUCCUGAGCUACAUGAACGGCUGGAGGAGGAACAUGACGGAGGCGGCGACCAAGCUGCGGGCCCAGGUGGCGGCCGAGAACUUCGACUACGUCAUCCUGUACCUGAUGGUGAUGAUCGGGAUGUUCUCCUUCAUCAUCGUGGCCAUCCUGGUGAGCACCGUGAAGUCCAAGAGGAGGGAGCACUCCAACGACCCCUACCACCAGUACAUCGUGGAGGACUGGGGGGAGAAGUACAAGAACCAGGUGCUGAUCCACGAAAAUCUGGGAGCGAGGGAUAAAACAAGCCUGGAGUCGCCCUGAGUUUUGGGAAGCGCCGGCGGUGAGGAAAUCACAGAGUCACACCCAGGGAACCAACUGGGAUUAUAAAAACCUGGGAAACUGUUUGGAAAAUUAACACACA